AGCAAGCAAACAGAGAGCGAACGAGAAGGAGAGGGACGGAACGUGAACAAACGAAGAGACAGUAACAACAUAAGAACAAAACAAAUAGGCGAAAUUUUUAGGUUACGCAUGAGGACCGACCCGACACCGACACACUAACACAUACAUGCACAUAAACAUAGAGAAGAAUGAGAAAUAGAGCGAGCACAUAAAACGUACCGAUAUUGUUGCAGUCCUGCACGCACGCAUGCACGCACCACACUACACCAACACAACCGAAGCAAAAAUCAAAUUUUAUGACCUUUUUAUUGCUUUCUUCUCGACACAUAUUCCAAUCGCCCCGAGAUCUAUGUGUUAUUACAGCAACACCGACAUUUAAUGCAACCAAAUCACUGGAUUUACGUGUGUGUGUGUGUGUGUGUGUGUGUGAGUGUGAGUGUGCGUUGUAUUUUGUUCGUUCGUUUUGUGUCGGUUUGUUGUUUUUUUAUAUUCAAUUUCGGUAAUGUAAAUGUGAAAGAGAGACAAAUUUCUAUGCAUUUUUCUAUGAACAUACAAAGCCAUUUUCUUGUGUUCUGUUUCGUUCACUUGGGAUUUCGUUAAACGCUGUGUUUUUUUUUCAUGUAUUUUGCCCAUCAUAAUUUGAGCCGCACCGAAUGUGUGUUAGUUUCAUCUCUCUUGUUACCGAGCACUAUCGUCACUUCAAAGACAACAACAACAGAAAAAAAACCAUAUCUUGUUCUUUGUGCCUGAACAACCAUUUUAUUUUCUAUAAAUUUUGUUCAUAUUUUAACUUGGUGCCGUUCAAUUUGAUUUAAAUGUUGGUUUGAAAAAGAAAAAAAAAAUUGGAAAUUGUGAUUAAAAUUGUCGAAUAAAAUAUCCAAGUGUUGGGUGAUUUUGUGUAAAUAUGCCAGCCAUUGAGUGCGCGAUAUGCUCAGAGGAGUUCGGCAAACGCAACGAUAAUGAUUCCAGUGAUGUAGUCGUAACGCCAUGCGGACAUGUAUUCCACGAAAUGUGCCUAUCAAAAUGGCUUCAAUACGGUGUUCAAGCAGCCGAGCCAAAAACAUGCCCCGAGUGCCGUCAAGCAGUCACAAUGUCACAAACACGACGAAUCUAUUUUAAUUUCUCGGCGGUCAUUGAUAAUGUAUCGCAAUAUGUCGAGUAUUUAGAUCAGAUUAUUAUGAACAAGAAUAACAAAUUGCAUAUGGCGUCCAUUCAAUUGGAGAAAAUCAAGCAUGAUUGGACGAGCAAAUUGCGUGAGAAAGAUCAUGAAAUCCAGCGGCUCCAUGACAAAUUGAAGCAUCGCGAACAGGACUUUGAAGUACAGAAAUUACAUGCCAAAAUUGAAAAACUCAAAUCAAAACUCAGAGAGAGCAAACACAAACACUCUCCGUAUCCAAAAGUGACGACCAUGGGUGCCGUUCAGUUGGGCAUGAACGAGAAUAUGGGUAUGCAUCCAUCGCAAUAUAAUGCACCCGAAACAAUGAAUCCGAUGCGUACGAAUUUAAUGCAACCGAAUAACUGUGAUGCCGCCACAUCGAUAUUUAAUCAAAAUCUAUACGCCGGACAGUCGAGUGGAAGUUCGACGACAGUUCAAAAUCCCUUUGACUGUGACAUCAGUACAAUUAACACAAAUCUACGAUCGAUACGCAAUCCACUGUCCACAUUUGCACCGAGCUAUCAAGCGCAAAAUGGUUAUGUGAGCACAAAUCCAAUGGACAAUGCAAUGAUGAACUCCUACAAUGCAAUGAUGAAUUCCAUUCAAACGGCACACACGACACAAUCCACCCAACAACAAACCAUCAGCUACAAUCAAACUAGUUUCUUUUUACCCAUUCAGACAACCAAUUCGAUUAAUGCCACCGCCUAUUUUAAUACCAACGAUCAAAACCAUCAAAAUCUUCAGAAUCACUUCAUCGGACAGUGAGGCGAUUGAUUUUCAUUCACACCAAAUCACACGUGGCCACCAUUUUAGAAUUUAGAAGCAAAUGUGCAAACCAAUUCGACGAUAGUACAAAACUCGAGAGCUCGCAAACAUCAAUGCGAAUCGUUUGACUCUCAGGGAACUACGACAGAUAUUAGGUUAAAUAUUUUUUUUAGAAUAGCCAAUUUUUAGCCCUUUUUUUUAAAUUGAUUCAUUUAGCAUAAGUUUCGUAUACGGAUAAAUCUCCACCAGAUAUUUUGCUACUCAGCAAAAUGAUUUUAUACUCUCAAAAUAUUUCUAUUCAGAAAUUACAAUAAAUUCAUGAAAAAAAAAAUGCAAAAUUCUCGGCCCAAUAUUCACUUACGCAUACAUUUAAUGGGUUAGCUCAAGGGGGCGUAAGUAUUUUUUGUGGACUCUGCUUUUAGAAGAAGAAGAAGAAGAAGUAGUAGUAUGUUUCACUUGAGAUAUUUCGCCAUGUACAUCUUAACGACAAGAGGUAAUGAAUUGUUAUUUGACACCAUGUUGUCUUCACCACAAUUGAUGGCCAGUUCAAACUCUACAAGGUCUGGUCAAAUAAUUGAUAGUAUCUGUUAAAACGAAUAAUUUACUUUAAAAUUGGUUAACCGCUUGAAUACAUACUCGACAUAUUCCAAUGCAAAGUCAUUCGAAUGUAAUCUGCUCAUGAACUCACCCAUAGAACAGUGUGACGUCAACAGAUAAAGAACGUUCAUGUGUACUCAACACACUCAAUACUAUUGACCGAUACUCGUGGCAAUUUGUAAUCACAACUGAAAAUCCAAAAGGGAACUUCAACAUGAAUAACAUAUCCUAUCAUUCCGAUAUUUUUACAUGAUAUUAAACAGUGCCUGGCAUUAUUGCCAGAAACAUAAUGGGCUUUUGGUCUGAUUCUCGUCUACAAUACAUACUGCGGGAUGAAAUAAAUCCAUUCAUUGCAGUUAUCAGAUACAUUUCAUGCGACUGUGAUACACAAACUGAUGGCAGCCUUUGAAAAAUUGUUUGUUUGUCUUAUUCUAUAUUUUUUCCCCAUUGAAGACAUAUAUGUAAUGUAACGAUAAGUUUAAGUUGAAAAAAAAAAUGUAUUUAAGAAUUGAAGUGUCAAACUCGUUUCCAGUAACAGCGAUAAACAUAUUUGAACAAGUUUAUGUGAGCAAUACUGUUUGAAAAAACUUGAAAUUGACAGUUUAGUUGCUCGUGAUUGAAUGGAUCUAUUUCAUUAAAAUCAAUUUCACCGGCCGGUAUUGGCUGAAUUUCAAAAAAGUUCCAAUUGUUCCAGAUAUCAUCAGAAACCUUUUUUUCACUUCAACAAACCUUUUUUUUCGUUCCACUAUAUGGAAGUUCAUUCACAUGAAAGCAAUUUAUUUAAAUCCAUUUCCUUGUAUUUGCGAUAUCAUCAAGCUCUGUGCUGAUGAAGGUCAACUGAUGAAAAUCGCUGCACUUUGAUACAAACCUUAAGAUCAUGAUGUCCAAAAUUAUAUCUGCCUUUAGUAAAGGUCCCUUAAACUGUAAAUCAAAUCAAAUCAAAUAAAAUGCAUGUUUUUUUUCAUAUUUUUUCGCUUUUAUAAAUAUACUUUUUAUUCAUACAAUAACAUAUUUUCCAUAUAUUAUUUCCGUAUUGUAACAUUUAUACUUUUUCGUAUAUAAGUUAAAGAAAAAAAAACACACACAUACAAAACAA